UCUCCCCUCUAGAUUGUCGUAUGUUGAUGACGUCGAGGUAAUGGCUGCUAUCGCCGCGUCGUGCCGAGUGUUUUAUAGCGGUUAAAUUAAAAUAAACAAUUUCAUAUUUAUUGUGAACCGAAACAGAAGAAGCACAUCAGGCGGGAGAGGGGCCGGUUUGUUCCACGCAGCAGUGCCGUGUGUAAAGAGCUCCGCGGUCGGAAAGAAUAUUCUCUAAUGGAUACUCCUGAGAGCCCUACCCAGUCUCCUCAGUCCCCUGAAGAGGAGGAGAAGGGCCUUUCUGACAGUGAGCUGCUGGAUUCUCCGGAUGACGAAGAGGACAGGCUCAUCUCAGACAGCGAGAUAGUCCACGACGAGGAGAACGGGGCGCUGGGUGAGGAGGAUGAAGAGGAGUUGGAGAGCCGAGGAAGAGGGUCGGAAUUAGAGGAGGAGAGGGAAGAAGAGGAUGAGGUGGUCCCGGACUUUGUCUCAGACCCAGAGGAUGAUGAGCCUGGAGGAGAAAUAGAUGGGAUAGGACAGGAGGAUGGGACCAUUAUGCUCAUGGAGGGGGAUGAAGAUGGUCCACAAGGGGACCAGUUGGAUGGGGAGGAGGAGAAGGAAGGAGAGGAGCAAGAGGAGGAUAGAGUCAUUGACACCCCACAGUCUCCAGACUCAGAGCCGGAACAGGGCAAGAGCUUCAUCGCUGAAGAGGAUCGAGAAGAUGGGGAGGAAGGAUACAGUGAUUACCGAAAGGGAGCAGAACACGAGUCAGCUGAAGUGGAUUAUGAGGAGGAGGAAGAUAAAAGCAAAGCUGGGGAGGAAGAGGAGGAUGAAAGGAUGAGAGCCGAGGAGAGGAGGAGAGCCGUUGCAGUGAGGGAGAUGAAGGAUGACUCGGCAUCUGUUUCCCGGGAGCUAGACGAACACGAGCUGGAUUACGAUGAGGAGGUCCCCGAGGAGUCCAACAUCCCUACACACGAGGAGGAAGAAGAUGAGGAAGACGCGAAAGCAGAAGGAGAAGAAGAGGAGGAGAGCGAGGACAAGAUCAGCAAGAAGAAGGAGAAAAAGACAAUCCUCCCACCGUCUCCCAAAGACAGUGAGUUCAAGAGGACAGAUGACUCGAAAGGGUCUGAGAGGGUGCGCAGAGAUUCCUUCAGAGACAAGAAGAAGGACGAGGACGACGGCGAAAUCGAUGAAGGAGAGAUCGAUGAUGAUGACCUGGAGGAGGGGGAGGUCAAAGAUCCAUCAGACAGGAAGAUCAGACCACGUCCAAUCUGCAGGUUCUUCAUCAAAGGAAAUUGUACUUGGGGUAUGAACUGUAGGUUCAUCCACCCUGGAGUCAAUGACAAAGGUAACUACUCUCUCAUCAGUAAGCCAGACCUCUUCUCACCUAACGGGGCGCCGCCUGGAGGACCACACCCACUCAUACCUAAUAAUCCCUGGGUUGGACCUGCAGUGGAGGAGCUCCCUCCACCCCCUCCUCCAGUGGAGCCUCCUGUGGAGAGUGCCUGGGAGAGAGGUCUGAGGCAUGCCAAAGAGGUGCUGAAGAAGGCCACCAUCCGUAAGGAGCAGGAGCCGGACUUUGAGGAGAAGCGUUUCAACGUGACCAUCGGAGAGGACGAGAGAGAAUUCGACAAAGAGAACGAUUUCUUCAGAGAACGCAGCUACCGCAUCAUCAGAGAUGAAAUGGAGUUCAGAGAUCCGAUAUACAGUGACCCAUACGCCGAUCCAUACUAUGACUAUGAAAUGGAGGCGCUAUGGCGAGGUGGCCAGUAUGAAAACUUCAGAGUUCAGUACACAGAAGCUCCUCUUCCUUACCACUACAGUGAGCGUGAGCGUGAACGUGAUCCUCGGGAGCGGAACCGGGACAGAGACAGGGAGAGAGAUCACCGCGAGAGGGAACGCCGACAGAGAGAGAGGGAGAGGGAGAGAGAGCGGGAGCGCGAGAAAGAGAGGAUGCGACGAAAAGAAGAAUGGGAGAGGGACAGGAUCAAGCGAGACGAGAAGGAGAGGCCGAGGAUGCGUCCUCCACGAGAAGCCAGGGAGAAGAAGGAUGAGGAAAAACUGAAACCACGCUCUCCUCUCAGCCUGCCACCCAACAGGCCGAUGGAGCCUCCCUCAAAGAAGGAGGUUGUACCAGUCAUGAGGCGACCAGAUGAGUGGAAGGACCCAUGGCGUCGGUCCAAAUCCCCUAGAAGACGCCCUGGACUCGGGUCCCCACCGCGAGGCCGGCGGCGGCAUAGACCCUCAGGCUCCUCCGUUUCUCUGUCCAACUCCUCCAGGUCGUCGUCUCGCUCUUCAUCCUACACAGGCUCCGGGUCGUCUCGUUCCCGCAGUCGCUCUUCCUCAUUCAGCUCCUACUCCAGCCACUCUUCCCAGCGCAGCUCAUUCAGUGGCAGCCGCUCUAGGUCUCGAUCGUUCUCCACAUCUCCUUCACCGAGUCCAGCAGCACCGAGGAAUCCUAAGAACAAACCGGACCUUCCUCCUAUGUUAGCUAAAGGUAUGCCGUUGAAGCCGGGUGCCAUGCCCCCUCCUCGCAGGGACAAGCCUCCCAUGAAGAAAGCUCCCAGUCCUCCUCCACCCGGCGGGCUGCAGGGCAGGCCUUCCAAACCCUUGCCAGAAGGAGGGAAGCUUCCCAACAAUCCCCGGGAGCCUGGAGGGGUGGGCGGCGGCGGCGGCGGUGGUGGUGGUGGAGGCGCAGGCGGUGGAGCCGGGAGAGCCCUGCCACCACGAGAACCUGGAAAACCUCCAAACUUAAGGGAAGACAGGCGUAAAGAACGGCAGCCACGUCCUCCAAGGAGGCGAACUGUGAGUGGGAGUGUUAGUGGAAGCGGUAGCAGUUAUUCUGGUUCUAGCUCCAGAUCCUCCUCCAACUCCCUCUCACGCUCACGCUCCGGAUCUAGAAAAUCCAGGAAAUCCAGAUCGCUCAGCGUCAGCAGCGUGUCGUCGGUGUCAUCGGCGUCGUCGAGCAGCAGCUCCGUGCGCAGCGCAGACUCGGAUGACAUGUACGCUGACCUGGCCAGCCCCGUGUCCUCUGCCAGCUCCCGCUCACCCACACCAAACCACCCCCGCAAAGAGCGAGGACCUCCACGGGACCGGCCUCCACACGGCAGAGACAAGAACAGGGAGAGGUCGUCAAAGAAAGAUGAACCCUUCAGGGAGGACCGCAGGAAGAUCGACCCAUCUGGCGCCCCACCUCGAGGAGGCAACCCCAUGCCCAGAUUGGGACCUGGUAGCAGGGGUGGCCACCCUAUGCACCCCCCACCUGGCGCCAUGGGUCCCCCAGGAAACUAUGGAGGUUCAGGUUCCCACAAAGACAUUAAACUCACCCUCCUCAACAAGCAGCAGGGGGAUAAAGGCAACAGGAAGAGGUACCUGCCUUCAGACAAAGACAGGCCAGGUUCCCCCCUCAGCAAGAGAAUGGCCAUGUCUCCAGAUAGAGGCCGUGAUAAGAGGAUACCGGGCCGACCCCCACUCUCCCCUCGAAUGGAUCGACCCAGAGGCCAAGGGCCCCGACCCAUGCCCCCACAGGGAGACAGAAAACGGCCCCUGUCGCCGCCCCCCAAAUCUUCCGGGAAAGGCCCAGCACCGCCGAUGGGCAAGCCAGCCAUCCCGGGCUCCGCUUCAGCCGCCGGCUCGGGCUCCGGCUCCGGCUCCAACAAACCGAGCAACACACUGUCCCGCCGCGAGGAGCUGCUGAAACAACUGAAGGCUGUGGAGGACGCCAUCGCCCGGAAACGAGCAAAGAUCCCCGCCAAAUAAAACAGAAAGCGCCCUUCCUCACCUGUUCGCCAGUCUGCCUGCCUGCCUGUGCAGCCUUGUGAGCCGGAAUACAGCGAGUGGACAUAAUAAAAAUGUUGUAUGGUUCAUGUAUAAAGGCUAUUGUGUAAGUGAACAGGAAGUGGUCGCCACGAAAAAAACCAUCUUCUGCUUGUUUGCCCUCAGAAGAGGUUUGGCUCCGCUCCAUUCUAGAGUGUUGUUCACUCCCAUAUGCCCGACUUUAGCUCUCCUUAAAGGUCUUUGAAUGUCUCAGCUGCAGUUUACCUCAUCAACUAGGAACAGGAGGAAACAUUUGGGCAUUUGGUGAGGGAGGGACGUCUCAGGAACGGAGUGUACUUCACAGUCCAGAAACAGGAGGGGUAGUAAGGUGCACUUGAUCACUUGCUUCUCACUUUGUUCCUUCAGUGAAGAGGAAGCAUCUUCCUCACGCGGCGUGACGAACGACAGAAUCUACUACUUCUGUCUUUCUCUGCCCCCUUUUAUCGUCUUGUUCUCUCACAUCUUUUCUUUUGUUUCCUCCGUGUGGAGUGAUGUGACUGUUGGGUCAGCUCUACAGGGUACUGACAGCCCACAGGGCUUCACAAGGCUUCUUUGUAUAAAUCUACAAAUUCUCGAGCAUCUAUAUCCAGCCACUGUAAGCGAUCACAAGGCCAUGCUUUGUUUACAGCGGGUGCCCAUCUUUAACCAAUGACUCGUCUGCGUUCUGUGUUUUUAGGGCAGUGGUCACUGUCACAAUUUGUACAAUAAUAGCAAGUCAUCAAGAUUCUUUCAAGCGUAUAAUUAUAGACAACAGUGAUGUGAAGUAUUGCUUCUUCUUUUUCUUUUUUUUUCUUUUUUAAACCUGCAGAUUUUUUGUUUUUCUUCUUAGCUCUUCUCAAGUGAAAAAAACCUGAUGUUUUAUUUGUGUCACAUUUUUAGUUGGAGACGUAUGAGCGGUGGAACGGGGGACAUUUAGAGACAAGAUGUCUUGCUUUUGUGACAAAAGCCUUCUAAAUAAACUAUUUUGAUAAAGAGAA